AUGCCUGCGGUUUAUGACAAUUGGGCUAGGCUGGUUGCUGCCGCUCUGCGCAGGGAAGAGAAUCGGGAGCUUGCUUUAAGGACCCCAAGUGAUCUUUCUUCCCUAUCAUCAUCAUCAUCAUCACCAUCUUUCUAUUUGGGUUCAUUCAAUGGCCGAGUUUCGUCUUUCACCUCCUCGAGUAUUUUGGUUGGGGAAUCAUUUCCCUACCAUCAAAUCCUUCAAGCCACCGAUGGUUUUAGUGACUCGAAACUAAUAAAGCGUGGCCACUCUGGGGUUCUCUAUUCUGGGAUUUUACAAGAUGGGAUUCAAGCCGUUGUUAAAAAAGUGAGGGUGUCAUCCUUGGAGGAACAAUUAGGCCUCAUGUCGGAAUUCAAAAUUUACGGGAUGGCCAAUCAUUCUAGACUGGUUCCUCUUCUGGGUUAUUGCUUCGACGAUCCUCAUGACAAAUUUCUGGUUUACAAGUACAUGCCCAAUAAGGAUUUGUUUAGGUUUUUGAGUGGCGAAAUCGAUGAUGAUGGACAGCCACCACCAUUUCUAAAAUGGAUUAUCAGGUUGAAGAUUGCAAUUCAGACUGCUGAGGGACUAUGCUAUCUGCAUCACCAAUGUUUCCCGCCACUUGUUCAUAGAGACAUUCAAGCAAGCAGCAUUCUACUUGACGAUGGUUUUGAAGUACGUUUGGGGAGCCUCAGUGGAGUUUGCAUUCAAGAAACGAACAAUAACCCAAACAGGAUUUCGAGAAUUCUGGGUAUUGAACAAAGGAAUUCUGGUACAUCUAAUGCAACAUCUGCCUAUGAUGUUUAUAGCUUUGGGAAGGUUUUGCUUGAGCUAGUCACCGGUAAGCGAGGCGUAAGUGCUGCCGAUGGCACCACCAACAAGUAUUGGACAUGGAACAUCCUGCGUUACAUUGUUUCAGAUGAUAAGAACCUCGUUGCCAAAGUUGUUGAUCCACAUUUAGUCAUGGGUGAGCAUAUGUUGGAGGGAGUGUGGGCGGUUGCUUUUAUUGCCAAGGCGUGUCUAACUCCUAAGCCUUCAAAGAGGCCAAAAAUGAUAGAAAUUCUCAAAGCUUUGGAAGGAUUAUUAGCAAGCAGUGUUCUACUCCAGCUUUAUCCAAACGGGAAGAUUCAUUUAUAUGCCAAUUCCAGGAUUUUCUCUUAUGUGGACCUAAAGAAUGCAACCAGAAUUUUUGGAUGGGAUAGUCGGCUUGGACAAGAUGAAUUUGGGACAUUAUAUCGAGGUUUGCUUCAAGAGAAGUCAAAGUUGCAGGGUGGCAAGGAAUCACCAAUAGUUGUAAAGGAAAUGCAUCUUAGAAGGGUGAAAGGGUUUCAGCAAUGGCAGGCUGAAGCAGAAAUGCUUGGAAGACUCUCUCACCCCAACAUACUAGAACUUCUUGGCUACUGUAUGGAGGAAAACCGGUUACUUCUUGUCUACAAAUUUAUGCAUAAGGGGAGCUUGAAGAAAUACUUUUCUACAGAGAGUUCUGAUGUUCAGAACCUUACUUGGGACGUACGGCUUAAGAUUUUGAUAGGAGCAGCAAGAGGUCUUGCAUUUUUGCAUGAAUCAGCAAGGCAAGGCUUUUUUCAGCAGAAAAAAGAGGGAGAAGGUUUUUACGGAUACUUUAGCUGCUCGAAAAUACUACUUGAUUCUGAUUACAACCCCAAGAUUACAGGUUUUGGUGUGGCUGAGGUUGAUCCCCCAGAUGAUCGUUAUGAUGUCCAUCCGUACAAAUUUUCUAGUGGGAAGUAUGAAUAUGGCGCUCCUGAGUAUUUAAGUUUAGUUUAUGACAAUUGGGGUAGACUGGUUGGGGCCGUUCUGCGCAGAGAAGAGGAUCGGGAGAUUGCUUUAAGGACCCCAAGUGAUCUUUCUUUACCAUCAUCAGUGUUAGGAUCAUCUUCAUCUUUUAAUUUGGCUUCAUUCGAUCACUCCCGAGAAGAUUCGUCAUUCAGAGCCGGGGGAUGUUUGGCAGGGGAAUCAUUUACCUACAAUCAAAUCCUCAAAAUCACAGAUUCCUUCAAUACUUCCAAACUCAUAAGAAAUGGCCACUCCGGAAAUUUGUAUCUCGGGGUUUUACAAACCGGGAUUCAUCUUGUGGUUAAGAAAGUCAACCUGCAGUCAUUCUAUGUGAAAGGGUUGUAUUCAUUGCCAGAAAUUGAAAUUUUUGGCACGGUUAAUCAUUCUAGAUUGGUUCCUCUUCUGGGUCAUUGCUUGGAUAAUCCUGAUGAGAAAAUUCUGGUGUACAAGUACAUGGAUAAUAAGGAUUUGUCAAGAUAUUUGAGUGGCAGAAUUUAUAUAGACUGGACAACAAGGUUAAAGAUUGCGACCAAAGUCGCAGAGGGAUUAUGUUAUCUACAUCAUGAAUGUUCCCCUCCACUUGUCCAUAGAGAUAUUCAAGCUAGUAGCAUCCUGCUUGAUGAUGAUUUUGAAGUGCAUUUGGGGAGUCUCGCCAGAGCUUGUAUUGAGGAAAAGGGCGACAACCCGAACAGGAUUGCUAGGUUCUUCCGGUUGCAAAUGAGUUCUAAUUCUGAACAAUGGAAUUCUGGUAAUGCAACAUGUGCCUAUGAUGUUCAUUGCUUUGGAAAGGUUUUGCUCGAGCUUGUUACUGGCAAGUCGGGCUUAAGUGCUGCCAAAGGCUCCACUGUGAAGAAUUGGAUGGUUAGAACACUGCCGUCUAUUGUUUCAGAUAAUAAGAGAUUGAUUGCCAACAUUGUUGACCCAUUUUUGCUCAUGGAUGAGCAUAUCUUGGAGGGAGUAUGGGCAGUUGCGCUAAUUGCAAAAGCGUGCCUCAGUCUCAAGGUUACAAAUCGUCCUAAGAUGGUUGAAAUCCUCAAGGCCUUGGAACGUGCUAAUUUGCCAAGGCUCCAUGGUAUUGCAGGGAUGGCUGCAAAUGGGCUGGGCAUUGAGCCUGCCGUGCUUGAUGACAUAAUCAACCGGUUGCUGAAAUGCCGGAAAGACAGCACGGUGAGCCAAGUCCAGCUCUCAGAGGCGGAGAUUCGCUCACUCUGUACCACCUCCCGUGGAAUCUUCCUUCAACAGCCUAACCUUUUGGAGCUUGAAGGACCGAUCAAGAUAUGUGGUGACAUUCACGGGCAAUAUCCUGAUCUGUUGAAAGUCUUUGACCGUGGAGGCUUUCCUCCUGAGGCCAAUUAUUUAUUUCUAGGGGAUUAUGUGGACCGCGGAAAGCAGAGCCUUGAGACCAUCUGCCUUCUCCUUGCUUACAAGAUUAAGUAUCCUGAGAACUUUUUCCUUCUCCGAGGAAAUCAUGAAUGUGCUUCGAUCAACCGGAUAUACGGGUUCUAUGACGAAUGUAAACGCCGGUUUAACGUUAGGGUUUGGAAAAUCUUUACGGAUUGCUUCAAUUGUCUUCCUGUAGCGGCUUUGAUCGAUGACAAAAUACUCUGCGUGCACGGUGGCCUGUCUCCAGAUUUAACAAGCCUGGAUCAAAUAAGGAACUUGAUGCGUCCAGCGGAUGUUCCAGACUAUGGCCUUCUUUGUGAUUUACUAUGGUCAGAUCCCAGUGGAAACAUUAAAGGUUGGGGAAUGAAUGAUAGGGGCGUCUCAUUCACCUUCGGGCCUGAUAAGGUGGCAGAAUUCUUGACGCAGCACGAUUUGGACCUCAUUUGUCGUGCUCAUCAGGUUGUGGAGGAUGGAUAUGAAUUUUUCGCCGACAGGCAACUGGUUACCAUAUUCUCUGCUCCAAAUUAUUGCGGUGAAUUCGACAAUGCUGGUGCAAUGAUGAGUGUAGAUGAAAAUCUAAUGUGCUCCUUUCAGAUUCUGAAGCCCAGCUUGCGUAGGUUCUUCAUCGAGCCUCUAGAAGCAAAGGAUUCGUGA